AUGUUAGAAAACACAGAAGAAAAAGAAGAAAUAGUAAAUACACUUAAACAAAAACUUAUAGAACAUAAGAAAUGGGAUUCUAAACUAAAAGAAUUGCGCAAAACAAUUGGAGAACAAAAAAAGACUUAUGCAAAAACAGAAGAAGAUAUUAAAGCAUUACAAUCAGUUGGUCAAAUAAUUGGUGAAGUUUUAAAACAACUAGAUGAAGAACGUUUUAUUGUAAAAGCAUCUAGCGGGCCACGAUAUGUUGUUAGUUGUAGAACGAGUGUGUGUAAAGAUAAAUUGAAGCAAGGAGUUCGAGUUUCUCUUGAUAUGACAACUCUUACUAUUAUGCGUAUACUGCCACGUGAAGUAGAUCCUCUUGUUUAUAACAUGUCACUCGAAGAUCCCGGAAAAAUGAAUUUUACUAGCAUUGGUGGACUCAAUGAACAAAUUCGGAAACUAAGAGAAAUUAUUGAAUUACCACUUAAAAACCCAGAACUUUUUCGCAGAGUUGGUAUUAAACCACCUAAAGGUGUUUUAUUAUACGGUCCUCCAGGAACAGGGAAAACAUUACUUGCUAGAGCUGUAGCAUCAUCAUUAGGAACAAAUUUCUUAAAAGUUGUAUCAUCAGCUAUUGUCGAUAAAUAUAUUGGUGAAUCAUCGCGUUUAAUCAGAGAAAUGUUUGGAUAUGCAAAAGAACAUGAACCGUGUAUUAUUUUUAUGGAUGAAAUUGAUGCUAUUGGCGGUCGUCGGUUUUCAGAAGGUACAUCUGCUGAUCGAGAAAUUCAACGAACUCUUAUGGAACUCUUAAAUUGCAUGGAUGGAUUCGACUAUCUUGGGCAAACAAAAAUAAUUAUGGCCACUAAUCGCCCUGAUACUCUUGACCCCGCUUUACUUCGACCUGGUCGUCUUGACCGUAAAAUUGAAAUACCUCUUCCUAAUGAACAAGGACGCUUUGAAAUUCUUAAAAUUCAUGCGCAAAAUAUUCAAAAACAAGGUGAAAUAGACUAUGAAGCUAUUGUAAAAUUAUCAGAUUCUUUUAAUGGAGCAGAUCUUCGUAAUGUCAUUACAGAGGCUGGCUUCUUUGCUAUUCGUGAUGAUAGAGACUAUGUUGUUCAAAAUGAUCUUAUGAAAGCUGUUCGUAAAGUUGCAGAAGCCAAACGUCUUGAAGACAAAUUAGAAUAUAAAAAAAUCUAA